AGGUGUUCUGAUAAAUCUGCUUUGAUAUGAUGAUGUAUACCGAUUGCAUUUAACACAGUCGUUUAUUCGAUUCUGGAAGUGAAUAAUAGGCAAUUCAGACUAAUUGCCGUAUAUAAUCUGUUAAACAAGAAAAUGUGUAUUUAUUUUGUUAAUUAACUAACGUGACAAUUCCGAUUAAUUGUAAAUGCGCGAAAGGAUAAAAAAGACACUUAAAAAGCUCUAAAAUUUAUACGACGACCAAGCAGUGUUACAGCAGUGAUUGUUAGGUUAUAAUAUUGCUUGUAAUAUUACAAUAUUAUUAUAAUAUUGUAUAACGAGCAAAUCAAUAGACGGCAUUAGUGGAAUAUUUAACCAAUACUCUUGUGUAAAUUAUUCUUGUGUGAACAAAAAAGACAAGAUGAAAUUUUUCGUCGGAAAAAGAUGAUAUUUAUCACACACAUAUGAGUUUUGAUUGUUCAAAAAAUUAAUUAGCAAUAAAAUCCAACGAUACCGUGCCGAAAAAAUCGAACAAAGAUUUUACUCGUGUUAUUUAAUUCUCAGUUGAUAGUAGUUCGCGCCUAGAAAAUGAAGCGAUCAAAAGUAUUUAGUUUUCUAUUCACGCUAUGUUGUACUUCAAUUGUUGCUGAACAGCAGUGUGCGUGGUACGGGGAAUGUGAAGUCCCAUUGAAUUCUUAUUCCAUAAAACGGCCUUGUGUGGCAACGAGUAACGAUCUCCCCAAGUCGAUAAACGACACGGAUGCUAAAACUAUUUUGAAGAAGAGAUGUCCACAUUUUUUCGAAACUGACGACUCACCGAAAACAUGCUGCGACGCCGGUCAAGUUGUCACAAUGGACAACAGCAUGAUGAUGGCCGAAGGAUUAUUCGGUAGAUGUCCGACUUGCAUGAGAAAUAUGCUUCGAUUAAUCUGCGACUUCACCUGCAGUUCUGAUCAAAGUCGAUUCGUAAAAGUAACCGAUGCCGUUAAAGUGGGAGACUACGAAUAUGUCAACGGAACUGAGAUUCAUGUGACGGAAAAAUACGUAAAUACGACGUACGAGUCCUGUAUAAACGUUGUUAAUCCUACUUCCGGACGAUUAGCGAUGGACAUCGCCUGCGGUUCUUACGAAGCCAGCAGAUGCUCUCCUAAACUAUGGUACGAGUACAUGGGCAGUGCCACAACUCCCUUUACGCCCUUCCAAAUGACUUACGUUUACGAUGAACCUGAGAAAUGGAACGCGGAACCGUGGGAUGCGGAAGCUAAAAAUUGCAGCGAAGUUUACGAUGACUUGUCCGGAGCUUGCAGUUGCGUCGAUUGUCCCAUUAUUUGUCCCGUUAUAGAAUGGGAGAGGAAUUGGGCCAAAGACUUUAUGAUCGGCAAAUUAAAUGGCUUUGGCAUUAUAGCUGCUAUACUUGUCGUUCUAGUCACAGUUGUAGGAAGUGCUACAAUUGCUACAUAUAGCGUAGUACAAAGAUGCCGAAAUAAAAAAGAUCCCCAAAGAAUACCAGUUGAAAGGAAAAACUGCGGUCAAACUUAUCAAAGAUUAUUUGAAUCAGCUUUCGCCGUAUGGGGAAAAGCAUUUGCCAAGUAUCCUCUCAUCGUCUUGUUUGUGGCUUCAUAUAUUGUUUGCGGUCUGAGUUACGGAAUCAUGUUUCUCUCCGUGACCGCAAAUCCUGUAGAAAUAUGGGCAGCGCCAAAUAGCAGAUCCAGGAUAGAAAAGGAUUACUACGAUAAUCGAUUUCAACCAUUUUAUCGAUCUGAACAAAUUUAUAUAAAAUCUGUUGGCAUUGACAAGAUAUUGCAUCAAACUCCAAACGGAGUUAAAGAAUUCGGACCUGUGUUCAACGAGACGUUUCUGUUAGCCGUAUAUGAUUUGCAACAAGAGAUUCUUCAGAUAGGUCAAAAAACGGAUGAAGGAUUGGAAAAGAUUUGCUAUGCUCCGGUACAGAGUGAAUUUACCGGACCGGUUACUCUCGAUCUCUGUACGGUGCAAAGCGUGUGGGGAUAUUUUCAAAAUGACGUGAAAAAGUUUAACAGAACUGAAAUUGAAAAUGAAUACAAAAAAACUUAUCUGGAUGUUUUAUAUAAGUGUACGCAAAAUCCACUUAAUCCAGACUGCUUAGCGCCGUACAAAGGACCCAUACUACCCGAAAUAGCAAUUGGAGGAUAUCUAGAAGAAGGUGAACACCGUUCUUCAGAUUACAUUAAAGCGACAGGAUUAGUUUUAACGUUUCUGGUAAAAAAUUCACUGAAUACGGAGGAGCUGACGCCGAUUAUCAAAUGGGAACAACGUUUCCUCGAUUUUAUGUCGGAAUGGAACCGAGAAAGACGUCCAGAAUUUAUGGACGUCGCAUGGACAACGGAGAAAUCAAUAGAAGACGAAUUAGACAGAACUUCGAAAGCGGAAGUGAUAACUGUGAUCAUCAGUUAUCUUGUCAUGUUCGUUUAUAUUGCUUUUGCUCUCGGUAAAAUAAGAACUUCUUUUGUCGAUUGUGUCACUGAGAGCAAAAUUGUAGUGAGCAUCGGUGGAAUCAUUAUAGUUAUGGCAUCAGUUGCGUGUUCGCUCGGAAUUUUUGGCUAUAUUGGCAUACCAACUACUUUGCUCACAAUAGAGGUAAUACCUUUCUUAGUGCUGGCUGUUGGAGUUGACAACAUUUUCAUUUUGGUGCAAACUUAUCAAAGAAAUCCUCGAUUUAAUGACGAAUCUAUUCCAAAGCACAUUGGUAGAAUAAUGGGUGCGGUUGGUCCGUCAAUGUUACUGUCAAGUGCAUCUGAGUGUUUCUGUUUUCUUAUCGGCUCGUUUUCGUCAAUGCCAGCUGUCAACACUUUUGCGAUGUAUGCUUCACUAUCAAUUUUAAUUAAUUUUCUUCUUCAAAUAACGGCUUUCGUCGCUUUAUUGUCUCUCGACUGCAAGAGAUUCGAGAACAAUCGUCUCGAUGUUUGUUGCUGCAUUACUAUCAAUAAUUCAAAAACUGACGAACAUAGCAAAGGUUUGAUUUACACAAUUUUCGAACGCGUUUACACGCCGUUUCUGAUGAAAACACCAGUAAGAAUUAUUGUAUUUAUAAUAUUUAUCGCCGCUCUCGCUACGCAUGUUGCAAUCAUACCGCAGAUCGAAAUUGGAUUGGAUCAGAAACUCUCGAUGCCAGAAGAUUCUUAUGUUUUGAAAUAUUUCCAGUAUAUGGAAGAUCUGUUGUCGAUGGGACCGCCGGUGUAUUUUGUUUUAACAGAAGGUUUGAACUACAGUAAAAGAGAAGCGCAGAAUAUUAUAUGCGGCGGUCAAGGAUGCAAUAUGGAUUCUCUGUACACUCAGAUAUAUUCGGCUGCCAAACAACCUUCCAUAUCAUAUUUGUCUAAACCAGCUUCCUCUUGGAUAGACGAUUAUUUCGAUUGGUCUACAAUUAGCAGUUGUUGCAAAUAUUUUGCUAAUAAUCAAUCAUUUUGCCCACACAUAAAAAAUCAAGAAUGUAUGAAAUGUAACAUUAAGACUGAUAAAACAAACUCUUCCUCUCGUCCGGAUGCGAACAGUUUCAGGAAAUAUAUUUCUUAUUUUGUGAUGGAUGUUCCGGAUGAAACAUGUGCAAAAGGAGGAAGAGCCGCUUAUUUCGACGCAUUAAAUUAUUAUAAUGAUGAGUUUGGCCUGAGUGACGUGGGCGAUUCGUAUUUUAUGAGUUACCAUACACCUUUAAAAAAAUCAUCCGAUUGGUACGAAGCGCUACGAACUGCCAGAAUAAUAUCGGACAAUAUUACGAACAUGAUUAAUGAAGCAAACGUAACUGAUAAAAAAGUCCAAGUAUUUCCUUACAGUGUAUUUUACGUAUACUAUGAACAAUAUCUGGCUAUUUGGCAGGAAACUUUGUUAUCGAUAAGUUUAUCACUUGCCGUAAUAUUCGUGGUGACACUAUUUCUCACAGGAUUCUCAUUAUUCUCAGCGAUUAUAGUCCUUCUUUCCGUAUUGAUGAUAGUGGUCAAUAUAGGCGGCCUGAUGUAUUGGUGGAACGUUAGUUUGAACGCAGUAUCACUCGUCAACUUAGUCAUGGCGGCUGGUAUAUCUGUAGAAUUUUGUAGCCACAUAGUACACUCCUAUAUCACUUCUACAGCUAAGACAAGAAUAAGCAAAGUAUCAGAAGCACUUUCUGUCAUGGGAAGUUCCGUAUUCUCCGGAAUCACUCUGACAAAAUUCGUAGGAAUAGCGGUUCUAGCUUUCGCAAAAUCGCAGAUUUUCCGAGUGUUUUAUUUUAGAAUGUACUUGGGUAUUGUGCUAUUUGGUGCGGCGCAUGGCUUAAUAUUUCUGCCAGUUUUAUUAAGCUUCAUAGGACCUAUACGGCAAUAAUGAUUACUGUAGAACUCGCGUGAGCAAGACUACAGUAUAAAAAAUUUGCAGUAAUAGAAAAAUUCAUCUCAUAUGACGUGACAGAAUCAAUAAUAUACAAAUUACUUUUUAGUAUAACAUGAUUCUGUGGAACUUUAACUUUGCUACACCAGAAAGAAGAAUGAGAGCGGCUUGUCAGGCCCAUAAGAGUUUUUACUAUUGUUUUUCGCGGACAUGGUUUUAUUCCGUGCUAUGUGCGAUAAGCCCCUUGCACAAUGCGAGGGAAUAGUGAUAAGCAAUAGACACAGAAUUCCAAC